CCCGUGCGUGGAUGCACAGGCCCGGCCGGGAACACCGGUCGGUAGGAGAACACUGGCCCGGUGUGGAAGCGGGGCCGCGGCGGCUCCGCACUCAGGCCGGCGGCGCGAUGGCUUCGGCAGCCGUGGAGAGCUUUGUGACCAAGCAGUUGGACCUGCUGGAGCUCGAGAGAGACGCGGAGGUGGAGGAACGCAGGUCCUGGCAGGAGAACAUCUCUCUGAAAGAGCUCCAGAGCCGAGGCGUGUGUUUGCUGAAGCUGCAGGUGUCAAGCCAGUGCACUGGGCUGUAUGGACGGCUGCUGGUCACCUUUGAGCCCAGGAGAUGCGGGUCUGAAGCAGUUCUUCCUAGUAACAGUUUUACCUCCGGCGACAUAGUGGGUCUGUAUGACACUGCUAGCGAAGGCAGUCAGCUGGCUACCGGGAUCCUGACCCGCAUCACCCAGAAGUCGGCCACGGUCGCCUUUGAUGAGUCCCAGGAUUUCCAGCUGAGCUUGGACCGAGAGAAUUCCUACAGACUGUUAAAACUUGCCAAUGAUGUCACUUAUAAGAGACUGAAAAAAGCUCUGAUUGCACUAAAGAAGUAUCAUUCUGGCCCUGCAUCCCUACUCAUAGAGGUCCUCUUCAGCGCUUCGGCCCCCAGUCCUGCUAGUGAAAUAGGCCUGGUAACGUUCUGUAACGCCUCCCUGGACUCCUCCCAGAAAGAAGCGGUUUCUUUUGCACUGUCCCAGAAGGAACUUGCCAUCAUCCAUGGGCCUCCUGGCACUGGGAAAACCACGACAGUGGUGGAAAUAAUUCUUCAAGCUGUGAAGCAAGGCUUAAAGGUCCUGUGCUGUGCUCCCUCUAACAUCGCAGUAGACAACCUGGUCGAGCGUCUGGCUCAGUGUAAGCAGCGGAUUCUGCGCCUUGGGCACCCCUCCCGGAUCCUGGAACCCAUUCAGCAGUACUCCCUGGAUGCAGUUUUAGCGCGGAGUGAUGGCGCCCAGAUUGUUGCAGAGAUCAGGAAGGACAUCGAUCAGGUCUUUGGUGCAUCUUCUGACGGCCCUCUGAAGCUGCUGCCUGAGAGCUACUUCGAUGUGGUGGUUAUCGACGAGUGUGCCCAGGCCCUUGAGGCAAGCUGCUGGAUCCCUCUGCUGAAGGCCAGAAAGUGCAUCCUGGCUGGAGACCACCAGCAGCUGCCCCCCACCAUCAUCUCGCACAAGGCUGCGCUGGCGGGGCUGUCACGUAGCCUAAUGGAGCGUCUGGCUGAGGAGCAUGGUGCGAGUGCGGUGCGGACACUGACCGUGCAGUAUCGCAUGCACCAGGCCAUCAUGCGCUGGGCAUCAGAGGCCAUGUACCACGGGCAGCUCACGGCCCACCCCUCUGUGGCAGGGCACCUCCUGAGGGACCUCCCAGGCGUGGCAGCUACAGAGGAGACAAGCAUACCUCUGCUCCUGGUGGACACUGCCGGCUGCGGGCUGUUUGAGCUGGAAGAAGAGGACGACCAGUCGAGGGGCAACCCUGGAGAAGUCCGUCUCGUCACUUUGCACGUCCAGGCUCUGGUAGAUGCUGGUGUCCAAGCAAGUGAUAUUGCUGUCAUCACACCGUACAACCUUCAGGUGGACCUGCUCAGGCAGAGCCUUGUGCGUCGGCACCCCCAGCUGGAAAUUAAGUCCGUCGAUGGCUUCCAAGGUCGAGAGAAGGAGGCAGUGAUAUUGUCCUUUGUCAGGUCCAACAGGAAAGGUGAAGUUGGUUUUCUUGCUGAGGACCGGAGGAUCAAUGUGGCUGUUACUCGUGCCCGGCGCCAUGUGGCGGUCAUCUGCGAUUCCCACACCAUCAGCAACCACACGUUUUUGAAAACACUAGUGGAGUAUUUCUCACAGCAUGGGGAAGUGCGCACAGCCUUUGAGUAUCUUGAUGACAUUGUCCCUGAAAACUACUCCCACAAGAGUGCCCAGGGCCACAGCCAAGCUGCCAUGAGGUCCCAGCUUCCUGCUGCAUCUGUGAAGAAGCCUCUUGGAAGCCAGCGACGGGAGGGGGCCUUGGAGGCCAGAGCAGCUGCUCAGCAGGACCGGAAGAAGCCGGGUGGGAAGCCUUUGGGCUCAGAAGCCCAUUUGCAAUCCAGCCUCAACAGGGGCAGCUCAGAGGGAGUAGAGAACAGGGGCAGUGUGGACCACUUCAGGGCCAUGAUAGUGGAGUUCCUGGCCAGUGAGAAGAUGCAAUUGGAGUUUCCUGCUUCCCUGAAUUCCCAUGAUAGGCUCAGGGUCCACCAGAUAGCUGAGGAGCACGGGCUGAAGCAUGACAGUGCCGGAGAAGGGAAACAGAGGUUCAUCACUGUGAGCAAGAGGGCCCCGGCUCCCCUGGCUUCUCCAGCUCCCCCAGCUCCCACAGCUCCCAUGGCUCCUCCGGCUCCCACGGCUUCCCCGGCUCCCCCGGCUCUCAUGGCUCCCAUGGCUCCCCCGGCUCCUCCAGCACCCACUGUAGGGGCCAGUGGCCAAGCCCCUCUCCAGCCAGCACCCCCCAGCCCUGUGCAGACGCAGCACCCUCCUAGGGGGCAGCAGGGCCAGGGCCAGCUAGACCUGAAGGCGCUACACUUGGAGAGGCUGCAGAGGGAGCAGGCUAGGCAGGGGCAGCCAGCCAGGAACGGGCAGCAGGCUGCGGGCUCAGGGCCACAGAAGCUUCCAGGAAAGAAAAAGAAAAGAGAAGUAAAAGGACACACAGCCACAGAUCUGCCCGCAGAGGACUUUGAUGCCCUGGUUUCUGCUGCCGUGAAGGCUGAUAACACCUGUGGCCUUGAGAAGUGCACAGCCAGUGUUGCGACCCUCGGCCAGUUCUGCCAGCUCUGUGGUCGCCGCUACUGCUUCAGCCACCACCUGCCUGAGAUCCAUGGCUGUGGUGAGAGGGCUCGCAUCCAUGCCCGACAGAGAAUCAGCCGGGAAGGGGUCCUCCAUGCUGGCAGUGGGACCAAGGACAGGUCCCUGGACCCCGCCAAGAGGGCCCAGCUCCAGAGAAGGCUGGAUAAGAAGCUGGGUGAGCUCAGCAGCCAGAGGGCGAGCAAGAGGAAGGAGAAGGGAACCUGAGCGCCUGUCCCUGUCCUCGCACAGGACCCUGGAGUGAGCACAGCCUGGGGAAGGGCCAGGCUGCACUGGGGGAACCUGCUGACCUGCACCAAGCCCAUACUCUGCCUCCAGAGGCCCACAUGGGGUAGAGAGGCCCCAGGGAGAGGUUGGACUUUGGACCCCAGGGAUAAGCAUGGAAGAGAGGGCCCUGGGGGCAGUGGUCCACCUCCAGGUGGCUGUUUCGCUUUGUGGGUGGGUGCGUACAGGAGUGAGUCCUUCCCACUCCCACAGGCCCUGCUUCCCAGUCCCUUCCUUCACUGCCAGCUUCUGGGCCCUGGGAAAGGUUCUGCUUUCUUGGACACAUGCUGGCCAGCUUUCAGCCCCUUUGGACAAGGGUGCCAUACAAACCAGGAAACUCAGGCCCUGGUAAUGUGGGCUCACGGUAAUGUGGGUCCCUAGCUGUGAGAAGUGACGGUCUCCAGAUGCCUAAGGCCCUUUUCCUUCUGUCCCCUGGUGCCUGCAGUGACAUCCACCCUGGCCAGGGCAGCAGGCGCAGCUCUCACCGUUCUGCUUCUCCUGAGUCUGGGGCCCCCUGCCCUCUGCUAGCCCUUCCUCUGUGCUCAGUUUGGGGACCAAGUGACUGUCCUGGGAAAGAGCUGCCUCAGAGCCCUCCAAGCUUGUCUAGGGCUCUCUGUUCUGUUUAAGAGAACUUUAGAUGCAUAUAUUUUUGCCUCAGGUUUUUGUUUUGUGCCAAAGGGAUAUAAAUUAUAUUAAAAAUUAAAUAAA